AUGUCUAAUCCAAGCAAUGGCUCCAGAUGGACCAAAUGGUUCUUGGUCUCCUUCGUAGGGUUCGCCGUGGCUGCUGGCCUCUUUGGAGAUGCGCGCAUCAUUGGACUUUACAAGCGAAGGCUUUCCGUUGCUUCCUUAUUCGACACCAAUGGCCCAGCUGCAAAGCUAGCUGAUUAUCAAGAGAGCCGUGCGCAACACCCGCUCGAAAUUGAGUUCCCGCCAACGGGCUGGCUCUAUCUGGAACACUUACCUGCUCCCGGGCAGUCGUGGCCGCAGCCUAAUAUUACAAACACAUCAUCCACAGAUCAGGAGCCAACAACUACGAACCUGUACCAUAAAUCGGCACAUGUACGUCAACGUGGGAUCCCCACUCAGGAGGAGGAUUCCAGCCCCAAAGAAAGCACGGCCGAUUGGGGGAACCCGGUAACCAUCACCACCGGCGUCCCGGCAACCUUUUGCAACGAAAAGCACUUUGCCGACUUGAUGCGAAGCAUUGCCGCGCAGACAGUCUUGGCACAGGAAGUAGUCAUGGUCAUGAGCAAUAUGAUGAUGAAGAAGGGGCUUCCUUCUGGUAGCACGGAUGAACAAGAAACGUGUCGCAGAAUCUAUCAAGACAUGCGACACAUUCUCAAUGAUGCCCACCAUGAAGUUCGUCUCCGCCUCGUCUGUGUCAAGGAUCGAGUAACCGCGGGGCAUGCCCGGAACGCCAUUGAGCGCAUUGCAUCUUCCGAUAUUGUGGCAUACAUUGAUUCCGAUGACAUGGAACUGCCUCAUCGCAAUGCACUCUUGCGACAGCAGUUUACCUGUUAUCCCAAACGAGUCUUGGUGCUCGGCAUGCUGGAACGUAAGCCCAACAAUGCCACUCAACUCGACAAUGACACGAGAGAAUCCUGUGCCGUCUUGCCUCCCGACACGACGCGUGGCACGCACCUGUACGACUUGACGUUUAAGCGCCAAGAAGUCUUGCACUUUUGGAGAGGAUUGGGACACGGGCACAUGGCUGUGCGACGACUGGCGGUCCUGGGACAAUUGUCCCACACGAGCAUGUACAAGGCGGAAGAUUAUGUCUUCAUUCAGGAUGUCUUGUAUGCGUUUGGAAGAAAUGAUGAUGCCGUUAUUGUGCUGUACCAACCCAUGACAACCUAUUACCAGAGAGGAGGCAGUACCGGUGAAGUUUUACGAGAACAUAAACAAGAAAAGGACCCGCGGUAA